CGCGUUAUCGAUAAUCCAUCGUGCGAUUUUACAAAUAGGUGCUCUAACAUGGCACCAAUAUUUAUGCGUUCGUAUUUCUUGUCUGCCCCGCCAGGCGAUCUACCAAGAUGGGUCGCCGUCCCGCUCGCUGUUACAGAUACUGCAAGAACAAGCCCUACCCGAAGUCUCGCUUCUGUCGCGGUGUUCCCGAUCCCAAGAUCAGGAUCUUCGACCUCGGGCGCAAGAAGGCCCGCGUGGAAGAGUUCCCGCUAUGCGCGCACAUGGUGUCAGAUGAGUGCGAGCAGCUCUCCUCGGAGGCGCUGGAAGCCGCCCGUAUCUGUGCCAACAAGUACAUGGUGAAGACGUGCGGCAAGGAUGGCUUCCAUAUCCGCAUGCGGCUGCAUCCCUUCCACGUCAUCCGCAUCAACAAGAUGUUGUCCUGUGCAGGCGCCGAUAGGCUGCAAACAGGGAUGCGCGGAGCCUUCGGUAAGCCUCAGGGCACAGUGGCGCGCGUGUCGAUCGGCCAGCCCAUCAUGUCGGUGCGCACCAAGCCCAACAACAAGGAACACGUGGUAGAGGCUUUCCGUCGUGCCAAGUUCAAGUUCCCGGGUCGCCAGAAGAUCCACGUCUCAAAGAAGUGGGGCUUUACCAAAUUCGACAGCAAAGACUUUGAGGCAAUGCUGGCUGAAAAGACGGUGAUGCCCGAUGGUGUGGGUGUCAAGUACAUGCCAAACCACGGGCCCCUGAACAAGUGGCGGGCACUGCACGCCGCGUAAGAAGAGACAACUACCAUCAACUGGGCACACAUUUUCUGCCGCUUACCCGCAUGAGCUUGGGAUGUGUUGCCUUGUGAAUUUGGAGAAAUAAAACCUGUCCUCUGAAA